CGCGAGGCGCGAGCAGGAAGAAGGGGGAGCGCGAGUGCGGGGCUGCGGGCCGUGCGGGGCAGAGCGGGAGAGGCGCGGCUGGGAGGGCCCGAGGGCCAUGGCCCUGAGCAGGAGGGAAGCAUUCAUACAGAAAGUAUUGAAAAGACUCUACCCUGAAACUUCAUCUUCUUCUGUGCAUACUUCAAGUAGAGAAGAGAAGGCACCUUGCAGAAAUCUGGGCUCAAAAUCUGAAGAAAAGAAUUUGGAUAAUGUUCAGACUUCAUCAGCAGAUGCUAACGUAUCAACUGAUACACCCUGCAAAUCAUUUCAAGGCGCUGACAAUAGAGUUCUGUCUUCAAGGAAAAUGUACACGGUGAAUCUUCCCCCAGAGGGUUACGUUGCAAUUACUACAGAUGCUAAUAGUAAUUCAGUUUCUGAAAACUCAAGCCAUAGUGCUGACUCAACAGAUGAGGAGUACCAAGGACAAACCAAAAGAAAGCGCAUUCGAAGGAAGAAACAAAAGAACAGCUUGCAGAACUCUAAUAAUUUACAUGGAGAACAAACAGAAUCUGGAAUGCAAGAGACUCUUGUUCAAGAUAAUAUACAGCUGCAGCAGACAGACAGUCCCAAAAUAAGCAAAAACAAGAAGAGGAAACUGAAAAAGAAGCGACAGAAAGAAAAGAGGAGAGCAGCUGGCUUGGUAACAAAAACCACCAGUGUGGACUUUACAUAUCAGCCCGACAAAAGCAACAGAGAAGAAGCAGCAGGCUUAAAAGACAUAGAUGAAAAGGCAGAUAGCAUUUUGGACUUCCUGCAGGCAACACAACAAAUUUAUUUUACUGACAGAAAAUCAAAAUGCAUGGAUUCUGCUGUGAAUUCAGCAACUACCCAAGAGCUUUUACAGUGUCUUGAAUUCCAUACCAUCUCUUCCUCAGAUCUGACUCUGCUACAUCGGCUGAAAUCCCUCAUAUUGCUACAGGAUGUUGAGAGAUUGAAAGAUGCUUUGAAACAAUUCCAAGAACAAUCCAUGAUGCCUCCUGAUCAUACCAAGAUAGUCAUUUCUCUGUUUCACUACUGGAUUACAGAUAUCCUUCCUGUGAAGAACAGGAAAUAAAGCCUUGCCUGUGUCCAUAUGCCCAGGAUUAAAAUUUAAUAUACAAACUCUUAAGCAAGUAUCAGUUGUUCAGGAAGAGCAGUGUCAAUAUGCAUUCUAUACCUUCAGGUAAAUGAAUUAUUGUUCUGUAUUACAAACUCAAGAAGGCAACAAACAUGGUAUAAACUACAUGUGGUUUUUUGUAUUUUGUGGUUCAAGAAUAUUCAUAUGCUGUAUGGCCUGAGUCUUCAGCUGGAUUGGUAUGUAUCACUUUAGGAUGAGAGAUUUUUAUGGAAUGAUAAAGUCUGUAUCAAGCAUUUUGUUUAAGAAGUAUUUUUGUUGUUGUUUAUAAAUCGAUGGUACCUUUCUGGAAGUUUAAUUUCUUGACUUUUCUUGUUUAUCUGACAUAAUCUGCUUACCUGAAAAACAGAGAUAUAUUUUUAUAUUUAAAUCUAAGCAACAGUACAUUUGAGAAGUGUAUUUCUGCUGACUAAACAACUGAAUUGUGGAAAUACAUACAUAUCUACAUGUGGGUCAUGUAGGUACUGUUUGGAGCUAUGCAGAAACUUUGAUGGUAUUUUUAGAACUAUUUCAUGACCCAGCCUGGUACAAUUUUUGGGCUUCACUGACUGCAGCAUAAUGGGACUGAGUUCCCUAACUGAACUUUCUGCAACUGAAUUUAUCCAUGUAUAGGUGAUACAGUAAGUAUAUGUGGUUGUAAAAUAUUUUGGAUUCCUGAAGAAAUACAUGCUGCAGAAGUGAGAGGCUCUACUCCCAGCUGAGUCCUUCGCCUGAUAGGUGACACAGGGCAAAGAAUUUCUCACAUCAGGACAGGGGCAACAUAUGUAUCUCCUCCAACAUGUGCUUGCAGAUAUAUUACUGACAAGACUGUAUAAACUGUGUUGGGGUUUUUUUUUUUUGCUUUGUUUUUUGUUAUAUUGCCUGAUAUAUCCUGUUGCAAGGCAGUGUUUUUAGUGAUGCUCAAAAAUGCGUAAUAAAAAUACAAUC